GGAGGAGGAGGAGGAGGUGGAGGAUAAGGGGAAUAAAAAAGAAAGAAAAUUUCGGAGACAAAAUGGACAUGAGCAGCGAGUCGAGUGCGGCUAGGUGGUACGAACCACCUCGGACGUCCCUGGAGCCGCCCUCGGCGGCGGCCGCCGGGGUGGCCGGAGUCGUGGGCAAUCCCACCGACUACAGGGGUUACUACCCCCAUGCCGGACCCACCGCCCACCACCCCGCCGCCGCGGCGGCGCACUACGCCCACACGAGAAUGUCGAGCAGCGGCGUGACGAGCGGUCCGGUGAGCCAAGUCUGUCGGCCACAUUUUCACAGUUCUGUACUACAUCCCUGGUUAUCCGGGAGCGGGGCGGACACGUCUAAAACGCCAUGGGGUUUUCCAACGACAACGGCAUCGACCGGUGGAACAGUGAGCGACGACAAGCCGCAGAGUCCAUUGGGUUCCUCUCUACCACCCACCACGGGGAGUUUAUCGAGUCACGGGGCAGGUGGUGGAGCGCAUCAUCUUUUCUCGUUUCCCCCAACGCCACCAAAGGACGCCACGCCGGACAGUAUAACGGCGAGUACGACUUCUAGCUCGAACAACAAUACGACGAACAACAGUGGGAGCGGGAGCAAUGGCAAUAACAACGGAAGCGCAGCGAACUCUUUAUCCGGAUUAGGAGGUGGUGGUAGCAGCGAGUAUCAAGCAGCUGUGGCACAUGCAGCGGUGAUGGGUGCGUUUAUGCAUCAUCAAGACGCGUUGGGAGCUAGCGGUGCGGGCAAUUGCGACGUGAAACCUACGGUGAUGUUGGGACAUCAUCACGGGGCACCUUCGCCGCCUCAUCAGCAGCACGGUGGGAACGCGGGGAACAACGGAGGUAGCAGCAACAACUCGGCGGCCAGUUCGGGACAGGUGAAACAACGCGAAGGUAAUAACCAAUCGGGGAGCAGCCAGCAAGCGAACGGUGGUCAACAGCAGCAACAGCAGGCGCAGCAGCAGCAGCAGGACGCGUAUCAGAGCAACACCGGGGGCAGCUCGCCCUGCGGCAGGGACAGCUAUGCCGCCGCCGCUGCGGCCGCUGCGGCAGCCGCGGUCGCCGCAGCCGCCGUCUCCAACAGUCACCACGUGGCAGCAGCCUCGGCCUCGGCCCAAUAUGACCCGGCGACGAGUGCCUACAACAUGUAUCAACAUUUGCAGUACCCCAAUGCUGCCCACCACCAUCACCAUCAUCAUCAUCAUCAUUUGACUGGUGGUGGGGGUGCUGGGGGAGGCGGCGGCUCCGGCGGCACGGCCACGUCCUCCUCCUCGUCGUCCUCCGCGUCGUCCCACAAUCCGCACAACAACAACAACAACAACAACAACAACAACAAUAACAACAACAACAACAACGGCAACUCCGGCACGACGGUCGGCGCUCUUUUUGCCGCGGCGGCGCAUCACGGCGCCGGUAACGCCAAUUCCGGUGUCCCCGGCGUCGUGAGCCCUGCCGAUUCGAAGCUCCUUUCGGCUCACGCGAGCAACGCGCACGCCAACAAUCCGGGCUCACCCGGCGCGCAUCAGCAUCAUCAGCAAAAGCCCAGGAACAAGUCGAGGACGUCCGCCGAGGGUCGUGAGUGCGUUAAUUGCGGUGCGACUUCGACGCCUCUGUGGAGACGAGACGGUACCGGACAUUACCUCUGCAAUGCUUGUGGACUUUACUACAAGAUGAACGGCCAGAAUCGACCGCUCAUCAAACCCAAGCGCCGCCUUUCGCUGCAGAGUGCGGCGAGACGGGCGGGCACCAGCUGCGCGAACUGCAAAACCGCAACUACGACGCUUUGGCGAAGGAAUCAAGCCGGUGAGCCAGUUUGCAACGCUUGCGGUCUCUACUACAAGCUUCACAAUGUGAAUCGGCCAUUGACAAUGAAGAAAGAAGGAAUACAAACGAGAAAUCGAAAACUGUCGUCAAAGAGUAAGAAGAAGAAGGCAGGUGGAUGUCUUGGUCUUGGUGGUGUCAUGGGUGACAUGAUCAAGGCUAGCGGACAUCUCGACCUUGACAACAAACCUUUCCAUUCAGGAUUUGGAUCACCGAUGGGUACGUCGCAGCAUCAUCACACGAUGCAUCCGGCGAUGCAACAUUACAUGUACCACACGGGCGUCGGCGUGGCCGGAGGUCUUCAUCAAGGAUUUGCGCCACCGGCGCCGCCCCCCAUCCACCCCCACUCGCACUCGCAUUCCCAUUCUCAUCACAUGACGAGUCUUCAGGGUCUUCAGUUGGCCGCCACGACGAACGCGAUGACCGGUUGGCGAUCGGAGUAUACAUGAAUCGCGAGUGAUUAGCAGUUCAGGACGCAGCCCACCAACAACAACAACAACACCACUACCACCACCACCACCAACACCGUUCACCACCACUCUCGUUGUUGAAAAAUAAAAUUCCUUCCUCCCUCAUCCCUUAUCUUCUUUUCUUUCUGUCAUACGCAUACACAAUCUCUAUCUUUAUCUCCCUUUCUCUCUCUUUCUCUACCUUGCUUUAUCUCUCUCUCUCUCUCUCUCUCUCUCUCUCUCUCUAUCUCUCUCUUACUUUCCAUCUUUCUCCUUGAGCCUUUUUCCUUUUAUCCUUCGUCCGAUCGAAGAGAGUAAAUGGACGGUAAAAAGGCAAGAAAAUAGGUUGGACAUCCCUUUGGCUCAGCCUUUCUCUGGGAUCUGUCGUUUUCCUUGUGAUCGAUCGUAUGAAAACAAAAAAGAAAAAGAAAAAAAAAAAAAAGAAAAAAAAAGAAAAAAGAAGAAAAAAAGAAAAAAAAAGA